UGGCAGAGCUGAUGAGAAUAAAUUACGGCCGACAAAUGUAUUCUGAAGUAGUUUCUCGUGUUCAAGCAUUAUUGAAGGUCGAUCCUUGUAAUUUUGAGUACAUAUUGUUGGCAGUAUUUGAUGGAAAGGAACGAGUUGUGAAGAUGAAAAUCGAAUCCAGUGAGGAUAUCUUAGAGCUGAUUGAAGAACAAAGAAAUCCAAACAUUUACGUGGAGUUAGAGAAGCGAGUAAAUGUAGGGAUUCCGGGGACGGUGCAACAAAGCUUCACGCAAAUGAUGGCGUCCCAAGGUGUAUUUCCGAGUUCUUUUGGUAUUGGUAGUUCUGCAUUUUCCCACGAGGCCCUAUAUUCACAUCAAGCAGGCCCUAGUUCAUUUACACAUACUGGAUAUCCUCGGGGCACUGAUGAUCAAACCUCGGGUUAUUCGAACCAACCAGGUCAUUCUCGUGACGAUGACAAUAAUGAUGACCAAACCAACACGCACAAUGGUGACUCAGGCGACGAAGACAAAGAGGUCAAUGAGAACUCGUGUCCAUUGGCCACCUUGAUACCAAACUUCUUGACUUUGGUGGGUUCUAGCUUUAACUUUUGGGCUAUCCUUUCGUCGAUAAAAUUUAAACUUGAUCCACUGUCCACCAGAACCUCCAAAAAUGUAUCUCUUACUUCGGCCGUGAAUUUGAUCAUCUUAGGACCCCGCUUGUUGCACUUCACCAUAUGCAACCAAGACUCUUCCUGCGGCUUUUCUUCCUCUCGCCCCUCCUCAAUUUCCAACACAAAAAUUUCUUUUCCCUUGCACUUGUGGCCUGGUGUAAAUUUCUCGUUGCACGUAAAACACAAGCCUUUUUCCCUUCGCCUUUGUAUCUCAUCCUCCAUCAGCCGUCCGUA